AUGUUUAUUGAUACAACAAAUAAACUUGGAUUAAAAGAAUAUUUACCUACAUCUAAUAUUUAUCAAAUGUUUGAAAAUUCUAUUCAAACAUUAAUUGCUACAAAUAUUAGUAAUCAAAUAAUUAAUAAUAUUGAAGAGUUUAAUCAAAAAAUUAAAACACCAACACAUUUUGAAUAUUUAUUAGAAUCAUUAGGAUUUGCUUUUGCACUUCCAAUGGAAUCAAGUCAAACUAUUGGAAAUACAAUUAGUAUUUAUCAUCAAUGGUUAUUUGGAGAACAUAUUCCUAAAAUAAUUCAAGAUAAUCGACAAAAAUAUUUAAAUUGUAUGUUAGAACAUCUUUCAUUAAUUUUUACUCAACGUUCAUGUUCAAUAAAUCAAAGUAAUCAAAUGAUUGAAUUUUGUAAUAGAGUUAUGGAUAUUUAUGAUUUAGCAUUAAAUGAUAAUGAUGUUGAUACUCAUAAUGUUAUUUGUUUAUUAAUUGGAGCAAUUCAUUCACUUGCAUCUAUACCUAAACAAAGUAUUACUACUAUUGUUAGUUCAAAUGUAUCAAGUAAUUUUUAUAAAGCAAAAGAAAAAAAAAGUAAUUUAGCAGAAGAAAUUAGUGGUCGUGUUAUUAAUACAUUAUAUCGUGCAUGGAUUAAAUUAUUACCUCAAGAUAAAUUACUUUGGAUGACAAUUAUUCAAUAUCAUAAAACAUGGAGUAUUCUUCUUCCAGUUGCACAACAAUGGAAAAUACUUAUGAAAAAAAUUACAGAAGGUGUAAUGAAUCAAUUAUAUAAUAAUAAAGAAUGUAUUAUUUCAUUAGAUGGGUUUAAAGAAAAUACAACAAUACAAAAUGUAAUUUCACCAAAAUAUGCAUAUAAUUUUUGGAUUUGUUGUUUACAUUUUAUUGGAACACCACUUAUUAGUAAUAAUGCAUCUGUAGUUGAAGUUAUUAUUCAAUCAAUAUCAGAACAAGUUGAUUAUAUGAUUCAAUAUCAAUGUACUGGAGAAACAAUAUUAAGAGUAUAUAAUAUAUUAUUUCAAUGUGUUAUUUUACCAUCUCAUUUAAAAUUUGAACAAGGAAUUUGUUAUGCAAUGGAAACAUUAUUAAAAAUUUUUAUUAAUACUUGUGAAUAUACAACAUUUACUAAACAAUCAUUAGAUAGUUUAUAUUAUGCUUUAUCUUAUGCUUUAUCAUCUGAAAGUGAAAAAGUUUUAGUUAUUGGAUUAAAAGGAUAUGUUAAUCUUAUUAAAAAAUCAUUUGAAGGAAUGGAAAUUCUUGCUAAAACAGCAUUAUAUGCAGUUCAUCGUGCUAGUUUAUUAAAAGAAAAUAUUUUUGCUGAUUGUCAUACUAUUUUUAUAGAUAUACUUGCAUCAUUAAUGUAUCUUCCUGAUUCUUCACAAAUUCAUUUCAUUCCUAAACAAAAUCCUGAAUUUGAAGAAAAAUAUUCUCUUCAAUCUCUUAUUGUAUUAAAUUUAUAUUUACUUCUUAAACAUGAAGUAGAUGCUACAAGAAUAACAUCUAUAUUAAUACUUAUAAAUCGAUAUUUUAUUCAAGAACUUCCAUUCAAUAAACCACAAGAAGAUUUUAAUAUAUCAAUAUUAAAUCAAUUUCCUCCAAAAACUGUUGGUGAUUUAGCUUGGUACUUUAUUAAAUUAAUAGAAAUUAAUCACUCUACAUUAUUUGUUACUUCUAAACCAGAAAUUCAUCGUUUAAUAUUUACUAUUCUCAAAAUUUUGAUUAAAUACCAUUCAUUUAUUCCUAGUUCUGAUGUAUUUAUUAAUAAUUUAUUUGAUAUUCUCAAUGAAUUCUUCAAUCAAUGGAUUAAAAAUAUGAAUUUAGUUAUUAUGGGAGAUUGUCUUAGUGUAAUUACUCUUUAUUAUCAAAGUAUUAUGAAAAAUAUUACUCAAGACCAAAUGACAAAAAUAACUAUAUUAUACAAAAAACUUACAUCUGUUGAAGGAUAUGAUAAAAAACGUACUUUAAUGAGAUUGAGUGAUAUUCCAAAUGAAGGAUUAGAAUAUUUUACAAUGUCAUUAUCUCAAUCUAUUGCUUUUGUAUAUCAACAUCUUAUGAUUCAUAAACCAAUAAUUGGAAAUCAAUUAUUAAAUUGUCAAAUAAGUGAAAAAAAUAUUAUUGAUAUAUUUAUGAAAAAUAACAUUAAAAAUGUAUUGGAUUAUAUUUAUAUUGUUACUGUUGAUAAUACAAUAAUUUUAUCAUUUAUUGAAUUACCUUUUAAAAAUAUUUUAGGAAAAAAACAAUUUAUUGUUCUUAUACGUGAUUGUAUUGGAAAGAAAGGAUAUUUGAUUUCAUUAAAUGAGAUUGAUGAUAAAAUUAUCCAAUCACAACAUAAACAUAUAGAUAUUAUUAAUAAACCUGAAAGAGAUAAUUUAAUCAUCUUAUCUGAUGAAAGAGUUUUAGAAGAACUUCAAAAACUUGAGAAUGUUUCAUCAUGUAAUAUUGAUUCUUAUAUUAAGAAACAAGAAGAUAAAUAUAAAACACCAUUAGAGGAAGAUAUUCCUCAACCAAAAUAUGAUGAUAUAAUGAAUAUUCAACAUGGUACAAAAUAUUAUGCUGUUAGAUUAUUUUUAACAGCAAUGGGAUUCUGUAGUUCUAACUUUUGGAAAAGAUUAACUCCAAUUAAAACAAAUUUUCAAAUAUUAGAAACAUUAGAUCAAAUUGAUAAAAUAUCAAAUAGAACUCAUAUUGGAAUUUCUAUUGAAAAUAAAGAACAAGGAAUAACUAAAGAAUUUAUGGAAUUUAUUCAAGAACUUGGAAUUAUUCGUUCAACUACAGGAUUUGAAGGACAAAAAGAAGGAUAUGAAAAUAAAGAACAUAUGAUUUGUUAUCAAGAUGAUUUUGUUGAUAUAAUUUAUCAUAUUAAAAGUUUAAUCCCUAUUAAUGAAAAGAUAGAUGAUCUUAUUGAGAUAUAUUGGGGAGAAAAUGAACAAAAAAUUGAAGAAAAUCCAGAAAAAUUAAUAAUUGAAAUUAAAAUACUUCAUGAUGGAAUUUAUCAAAUUAAAACAAAUCAAAUAACUAAUACAUUAUUAACUCUUCAAAAAUCAUUAAUUUAUUCAUUAGGUCAUAUUAUUAGAGAAUCAUGUAUUGGAUUUAUUGAAAAGAGAAAUCUUCAUGAAAUGACAUUCCCUUAUGAUUCUAGAUGUAUUACAAUUCAAGAUUUUUGUACUACUAAUACUACUAAAGGACAUUCUAUUGGAGUGAUGGAUAUGUUAGUUGAUCGAGAAUUAUCAAAUCAAUUAAAUGUAGAAAAACUUUCUGAAGUAAAAACUGAAGAACCAAAAGAAGAAAAGAAACAAACAAAAAUUAAAACUUCAAAAGUUAGUAUAAUUAAUGUAUUUCAACCUCAAUCUACUCCAAGAAUGACAGGAGAAUUAAAAGCUACUGAAGAAUUGAUGAAACGUAAAUUAGCAAAGACAACAAAUGGAAAUUUCAUUAAUACAAGCAAGUAA